ACGAUAUACGCCGUGGUCGCAGUUGAUGGUGUGAGUUACUCAGGCUCUGCGAUGGGUAUCCCGUCGCCCCUCUGGACUCGCGACCAAGUCGCCGCUCGCAUUCUCGCAGGCGAGACACUUGUCAUUCUCGACAAUCAAGUCAUUCGCGUUCCUCAGUCUUGGCUGGCAUCACAUCCCGGCGGCGCUCUUGCAAUCCUGCACUUCGUUGGCCGCGAUGCCACGGACGAAGUCGACGCGUUUCACUCUCAAGGAACGCUGAAGAGGAUGAAGGGCUAUGCCGUCGGAACCGUGGAGACCGGGACCGGUGGGUGGCUUCCUCUGGUCCCGCCGAUCAUGAACGGUUGGAUUAGAAGGCUUGGGGCAGAAGGGAAAUCGGAAUGGUAUAACGAGGCUACCGCUUUCAAGUCUUCAGAACAUACGCCCUCUGCACCCGCGUCCGAAAUUCUACUCGUCAAAAGAGACGAAUGCGCAACGACUACGCAAGGCCCUUCACUUUCCACACUCCAGCCUCCACCCACCACACUCACCCCGAAGUUGCAGGCUCAGCAUUCGGCGGCAUACAAGGAACUCCAUAGGCGUGUUGUGGAGGCAGGUCUCUACGAGACGCCUUUCCUUACUGGGUAUGGCCCGGAGGUCGUAAGAUAUAGCCUUCUCGCUGCCUUGGCUGCCUUCUUCUACUCUAAAGGCUGGCUUGUACCGAGCGCCCUCUGCCUUGGAUUCUUCUGGCAGCAACUCACAUUCUUUGCCCACGACCUCGGUCAUGUUGGUGUAACGCACAACUGGGUAUACGAUCGACUUAUUGCCAUCUUCGUCGCCGAUUUCCUCGGUGGACUCAGUAUCGGGUGGUGGGUCAAUAAUCAUAAUGUUCAUCACCUGGUCACGAACCAUCCUACUCACGACCCCGAUAUCCAACACAUACCAUUCUUCGCUAUCACCCCCGUAUUCUUCAAAUCGUUGUAUUCGUCGUACUACAAGCGUGUCAUGGUGUUCGACUACUUCAGCAAGGUGUUGAUAUCGGUCCAGCACAAGCUGUACUACGCCGUGCUGUCCUUGGCUCGGUUCAACCUCUACGCCCUAUCCUACACCUACCUUGCCAAGACGGCCUUUGAGCCAAAGCGCGCUCUGGGUGGCCGCUGGUGGUGGUGGUCCGAGAUUUUCUGCCUUGGCCUAUUCUACUGCUGGUUCCUGUCCGUUCUCGGCGGGUGCGGGAGCUGGCGUAAGACUUUACUCUACCUGCUGGUUAGCCAUAUUGCCGCUAGCCCAGUCCACGUUCAGAUCGUGCUAUCCCACUUCUCGCGUUCAACGGAGGAUCUGGGAGUCACCGAAUCCUUCUUCGCUCGUCAGCUGCGGACGACCGUGGACGUCAUCUGCUCCCCGUCCAUCGAGUUCAUCCAUGGUGGCCUCCAUCUCCAAGUGACGCACCAUAUGUUCCCCCGCUUGCCAAGACACAAUCUGCGCAAGGCCAGCGAGCUCGUGAAGGCGUACGCCAAGGAGCAGAGUUUGGAGUACGCGGAGUUUGGUUUCGUGGAGGGCAAUGGAGAUGUCUUGGGGGUGUUGAAGUCAGUCUCGGAUCAGAUGAAGAUUAUGGGUAUGGUUGCGGAUGCGGAAAUUCAGGAGGCCAUCAAGGGCCAAAAUUGACCGUAGUAUGGUGUGGACAUCGUGUACA